UAAGCAGUGCGCGCCUUGACCCGGAUGGAGUAGUCGCGCCGCGUAGUUUCAACUGUUCGUACCCCCGCGAGCUGCGUGGACUCCAUCUCUCGCUGCGCUUGACCUGCGACCCCGCAGGCCCCGACUGACAGCGCAGGGUCCCGCCGUCCCGGCCAGGCUUUGAUGCUGGGCUCUGGUAAGAAGUUGUUCUUAGGUCUGCUGCAGGCCCAGAAACGGCCCUGCCAACCUUCUAGAGACAUGAGACUGAUACAGUUCCAAGCACCCCACCUGGAGGGGCCCCACCUGGGCCUGGAGUCGGGGAAUGGUGGAGUCAUUGACCUCAAUGCCUUUGACCCCACACUCCCCAAGACGAUGAUGCAGUUCCUGGAGCAGGGAGAGUCUACCCUCUCAGUGGCAAGAAGAGCCCUAGCUGCCCAAUUGCCGGUCCUCCCAAGGUCACAGUUGACCUUCCUGGCCCCUGUCACCCGGCCAGACAAGGUGGUGUGUGUGGGCAUGAAUUAUGCAGACCACUGCAAAGAACAGAACGUGCGGGUGCCCAAGGAACCCAUCAUCUUCAGCAAGUUCGCCAGCUCCAUUGUGGGACCGUAUGAUGAGAUCAUCCUCCCACCAGAGAGCAAGGAGGUGGACUGGGAGGUGGAGCUGGCUGUGGUCAUUGGAAAGAAAGGCAAGCAUAUCAAGGCCACAGAUGCAAUGGCUCACGUGGCUGGCUUCACUGUGGCUCAUGAUGUGAGUGCUCGGGAUUGGCAAAUGAAACGCAAUGGAAAGCAGUGGCUACUAGGGAAAACCUUCGACACUUUCUGCCCCCUGGGCCCUGCCUUGGUUACCAGGGACAGCAUAACAGAUCCACACAACUUAAAGAUCUGCUGCCGAGUGAAUGGGGAGGUAGUCCAGAACAGCAACACCAACCAGAUGGUGUUCAAGACAGAAGACCUGAUAGCCUGGGUCUCCCAGUUUGUCACCCUUUACCCAGGGGACCUCAUCCUGACUGGGACCCCCCCAGGUGUUGGUGUGUUUAGGAAUCCUCCCGUCUUUCUCAAGAAGGGUGAUGAAGUCCAGUGUGAGAUUGAAGAACUUGGUGUCAUCAUCAACAAGGUGGUGUGAUGGCUUCCCUGCAGGCACUGGAAUUGACAAGAUGGGACAUCACUCCCACUCAGCCCAUUGUUCACCCUGCUUACUAGAGGCCACUAAGGCCAAGGAAGAUGGACCAACCAGGGAAAUAAAUUUUCCAUCAAAGCAA